AUGAGAAAAUUAAUAUUUACACCAAUUGUUUUGGUUUUUAUUAUAUUUUUGCUAACCAUUAAUGUAUCUAUUAAUGCUCAAGAUAAUGGAAGAUUUAUUGAUAUUAGACAAAUUGUAAAAGAUACAUUAGAUUAUGUUCGAACAGUACCUGCACCAGAACCAUUCAAAAAUAUGAUUUACAAUCCAGUACUCCAACAGCAACCACAACUUUUACCUGUUGUUAAUGGACAAAAUAUUCCUGUAGGACCAUCAGUUUUUGCUCCACCAUCAAAAAAUGAUGUUGAUAAACUUUUUCAUCUACCGGCAGAUAUUUUUGAGAAACUUGCCAGUGAUGCCGGAUAUAUAAAAGAACCACCACGACAAUACAAUUACAAAGAAAAUCCUCAAAUGGUUAAAAAUUCCAAUCCUACAAUGGGUGGUUUUAAUUUUAAUUUUGCAAAUGAGAAUGGUAAACAACAGACGAUGGAAGAAAUCAUUCAACAACUUCAAGCACAAGCAUUCCAAUCACAAACAUCACCAAAUAAGGUACAAAAUAAUGUUCAAAUUGAGCCAAUAAUAACAACUCCAAUAACUACUAUUGAUAACAAAACAAAAUCUGAAAAAGAAAUGAUAAAUGAAGAUAAAAUUAAUCCUACUUACGUUAAUAAUAAUAGCUUUAAUACUUCAUCACAAAAAUUUACUUUACAAUCUUCAAAUAAAGAAAAUGAACAAAAAUUAAAUAUUGUAAACAAUAGUAAUACCACUGAAAUUACUUCAUCAAAUACAUCAAUUUCUUCUUUUAUUCAACAACCGGAAACAACAACUAAUAUUAUAAAUGUAUCUAGUGAUACUUUUGAUCUUCAGGGACAAGAAAUAAUUCUUAAUGGAAAAAAAUACAUUUUAACAAGACCAGAUUUUGUAAAAAAUAAUGUAGAAUUAAAAAAUAAUUUAUCAAAAGAAGAAGUUAAUUUGUCUAGUUCUGAUACAACAAAUAACGUUGAAAAAUUAAUAGAACAAAAAGUAUUGAAUAAUGAAAAUAUCUCUGACGAUAGUAGUAGUUCAAACGAAAAAAAAAGUAAAAAUUUUGAUGAUGAUAAAAAAUAUGUAACAAUAUCAUCAGACAACAGUAAUGAAUCUACUUUAAAUGGUGAUUCUAUUACUAGAACAAUUGUUUCUGAUUCCGGAAGUUUUGUUCAAUCUGAAAUAGUUAAACCAACAGAAAAUUAUCCACAAACGGCAACUGUGUUACCAAAAAGUCUUGAAAAUUUAUUAAUGGAACAAUUAAAAAAAGAAAAUAAAAAAGAUGAAGAAAAAAAAUUAAUGUUAAAAGAAAGAAAACCUGUUGUAGAUGAUAAUUUAUCAUUUUCUAAAGAAGAUGAUACUAAAAGUACUAGUACAAUAGGACCAAUUAAUAUUCGUAAAUUAGAAAAUGCUCCCAAAAAAGGAAUAACAAAAAUUUCUAGUCAUAUAAUCAAAAGUAAUGAAAAAGUUGAAGAAAUAACAAAACCACUUGAAACUACUGAAGAUAGAAUUGAAUUAUUAAGAAAAAGUUUUAAUGAACAAAGAAGAAUUUUAGCAUAUCAAAGUCGACAAUUAUUUACAAGAAAUAGAAUAAAUAAAACAUCUCAACCAUUUUUAGCAACUACAUUUUGUCAAAUGAUUAAAGAAUUGUCAAAAAAUGUUGGAAUUAAUAAUAUUGUUGAGAUGGCAGAACAGAAUUGUAAAGUAAUAAAAAAUUAUUAUCCUGAUUUAACAUGUAGUGAAGUUUUACAAUAUGCAGAGCAUUGUUCAUUAUUAAUGAAGUUGGAAAAUAAAAACUAA